AUUGACCAUCUUGUGCUCGUCUACCACCAGGUAUCACUCACUAUCUCUGACACUCACUCUCUGUGAUCCUCAAUGGCUCCGCUCAGUUCCCCGCACGAUCUCGGCUUGGGUGCCAUCCUCGCCAGGGCCCUCUCUUCUCCAACGCUGUCUUCUCCUCCAACUCUAGUGGCUCGGCAAAAUACAGAGACUGUCACUGUUACUGCGUCCGGCGACGAUGGCAAUAGUGCCCAAACAUUGAGCGGAGGCGCAAUCGCGGGCAUCGUCAUUGGUUCCAUUGCUGGCUUUCUUCUUCUCCUCUGGGUUAUUCGAUCGUGCCUCAAUUUGGGCGCACCACCUCAGGAACGGGAGAAGUGGUAUCACUACAAGGAGGAGCCUCGACGACAUUCACAUCAUCACCGCUCUCGAAGCAGACGAUCACAUCGAUCAAGCAUCUCUGCACCUCCUCCAAUUGUUGUCAGAGACUCAAGAUCUCGAAGCCAUCGCCGAGGUCGAUCACCUGGAUACUAUGGAACUGAUCGCGGUACACGCUAUUACGUGUAAGCCCGACGCAACCGACACGGCAAUAAGCGUUUGCGACAGGGUAACUUUCACUUCGAUACCUCGCGAUGCUCUUACAAUGCAUCAAUUCAAUUGUUCAAAAUCGGUCCGAUAACAGACAGGAGUUAUGGCGUAUGGAUAUGAUUAGCACGCCAUGCAACAUCACGACUUAUGAGAUGAAAUCAUGAAUCACGUCACGACGGAGAAAUAAAUGCACAUAUACGAAGGCAUUGGCUACACGCGAGUAUCUCUUGUUGUAUAACAUUGUUAUGAAAGCUCGAAUCUCUUAAUUAAUGUUCAAUUACACAUAAUGAUGGCCCCAA